UGCACUUGUGAGGAGGUUGAGCUUGUCAUUAUUUUAACUGCUUUUGUUGCUGCGGAAGAGCUUGAAAAGAGGUUCAUAGCCUAAUUAUGGCGAUGGAGGCACGAUAAAAAAAGCGUCGUGGUGGUUUAUCCAAGAAAUUGUGAAGAAGCGGCAGUAUUUAUUGUGAUCGGGCAUCAGCAACAUGGCGGACAUGGCGGACAUGACGGGAGCACCCACUGGGGCUGUGAGUAUUGGUAACUAUAAGGGCGUCAUGCUCUGCAAUCGGCCAUUCAACGGAGUUUCAAGCACAUUAGCGAAGGAGAAUCGAUAUGGUGCGAAGCCAAACAACAACAACGUGGUCGAUAACAGCAAGGCAGCGUUUCUUGCAGGGAACCCCGGGGAGCCUUUGGGACUAAACGUGCCGAUUCACAGCGAACCUGCGCACGCUAUCCGGCGAGACAAGAAGAACACAGCUUUAUCAAAGCACAAGAAGUGGCUACACGACUUACAGAAGGAACGCGCUCGACUGCAAGAAGCGCUAGCGGAGGACGAAGAAGCUGCUCAAAGGCGUCGAGAACGAUUCUCUCAGAGAGAAGCCAAGAUGCGUGAAACAGUGCGCAAUAACAACAAUGACGAAGAUGUUCCUAACACUGAAGCUGAAGAAAAGAAAAAGAACUUGAACCGACCCAUGUGGGCACUUACAAAAGCAACUGCAGACGAGAAGCUUGAUUGCUUGGAGGACGCGGAAGCUAAUGAUCUCAUUGAGUUUGCAAACAAUCUAGACAUUGAUCAGUUCAUGGACGACGUGGAGAUUAAGGCACGCGUCGCACAAGUCGAGCAGCAGCUAGCACAAGUGCAGUCUAUUGUAGACUAUGAACAGGCUGAAGAAAAGCGUAGUGAACGUGAACAGCAGCGGCUUGAAGAAUUGGCCAACGGUGGCGGUGCUCUCAACGGGAACGAUCUGUCUCAACUCGGUUGGGACCGUGCAGAUGCCAAGGACGGCGACGACGAUGCCAUGAGCGUGGCAAGUAGCGUGCUCUCUGAAUGCAAGUCGAUUCGGUCAGUGCACUCGGUUCGAUCAGUAGCAGCGAUCACGAAACGUGUUGAGGCCAAGCUUGGAGCCUCCACUCCAUCCGAGGCAGGCAGCACUCCCCCUGCACCACGCAUUGUGACAAUCAACGAAGAUGAAGGCGUUCGGAUGCAGAUCAAGACUCUACCGAGCAAUUUACCGUAUAUCCAUCGGAACCCUGCCAUUUAGUGGCCACACAGCAGUAGAACAGGACGAAAGUAUGACAACCGUUCAAACUG